AUGUGUUGCUCUUGCCACUAUCUCAUCAGCUUUCGUAAAAUUUGGAACCUAGAGAGGAUAGUGGAGAAUGAAGCUAUUACAACGAGAGAAGGUGCAGAUUGGGAUGGACAGGUGUUCAGUUCCCUUUUUGUCUUUCUUGAAAGUCUGACAGGAUUCUCUUUCCUCCCAGACUCCCAAACAGGUGAGGAAGAUGAAAGUCAGAAUUCUAUGGAGCCACAUGUGAAUUUGUGCGAAAGAACAAAGAAAUUGAGGAUACAACAACAAACUCAAAAAGGAGAGAAACUAUUUGAAUUUACAGAAUGUGGAAAGAGCUUCAGUGAAAGUGGAAAACAUCAACGAACUCAUACGGGGGAGAAACGAUUUGAAUGUUUUGAAUGUGGAAAGAGUUUCAGCAAAAGUGGAACACUUAGAGUACACCAACGAACUCACACAGGGGAGAAACCAUUUAAAUGUAUUGAAUGUGGAAAGAGCUUCAGUGAUAAUGGAGCACUUAGAAUACAUCAACGAACUCAUACAGGGGAGAAACCAUUUAAAUGUAUUGAAUGUGGAAAGAGCUACAGUGAAAGUGGAGCACUUAGAAUACAUCAACGAACUCAUACGGGGGAGAAACUAUUUGAAUGUUUUGAAUGUGGAAAGAGCUUCAAUGAAAGUCGAACACUUAGAAGACACCAACGAACUCACACGGGGGAGAAACCAUUUAAAUGUACUGUAUGUGAAAAGAGCUUCAGUCGUAGUGGAACACUUAGAAAACAUCAACGAACUCACACAGGGGAGAAACCAUUUGAAUGUAUGGAGUGCGGUAGGAGCUUCAGUCAAAGUGGUGCACUUAGAAUACACCAACGAACUCACACGGGAGACAAACCAUUUAAAUGUAUUGAAUGUGGAAAAAACUUCAGUCGUAGUGGAACACUUAGAAUACAUCAACGAACUCACACGGGUGAGAAACCAUUUGAAUGUUUUGAGUGUGGAAAGAGUUUCAGCAAAAGUGGAACUCUUAGAAUACACCAACGAACUCACACGGGAGACAAACCAUUUAAAUGUAUUGAAUGUGGAAAGAGCUUCAGUGAUAGUGGAACUCUUAGAAUACACCAACGAACUCACACGGGGGAGAAACCAUUUAAAUGUAUUGAAUGUGGAAAGAGCUUCAGUACAAGUGGGAAACUUAGAAUACACCAACGAACUCAUACAGGGGAGGAAAUAUUUAGAUGUAUUGAAUGUGGAAAGAGUUUCAGCAAAAGCGGAGCACUUAGAAUACACCAACGAACUCAUACAGGGGAGAAACCAUUAAAAUGUAUUGAAUGUGGAAAGAGCUACAGUCACUAUGGAGCACUUAGAAUACACCAACGAACUCACACGGGGGAGAAACCAUUUAAAUGUAUGGAAUGUGGAAAGGGCUUCAGUGAAAGUGGGAAACUUAGAAGACACCAACAAACACACACGGGAAAAACCACAGAUACUUUAAUUAACUUUAAUAAACCGCAUAGCUGUUUUUUACCUUUCCUUCUAUGCUUCCUUGCAAUCCUGACAAAAUCAAACCACGCCAAUGCUUUCAGCCCCAGAAGAGGAGCUCCCCUUGGUGUCAGGGGAGGGGUCCAAGGGAGCAUCUGGAGCCCUGCCAUCCCUUCUGUCGCUGGGCCCUUCCCCUCCUGUCUCUGCCAUCCCUGGGCCACUCCUCACUCCACAGCAGGAGACUGGAUCUGUCUGUGA